UGGGGCUCCUGGGAGGCUGGAGCGCCGCUCCGGAGCGGAGCAGAGCCGGACCUUGUCUCUCCUCGGAGGGGAAACCUUGAGGAGACUUUUUUGUUUUGUAAACAUUAAGAAACUUGAGGAUGGUGGGGCAAAACGACUAGAUCCCAUCUUCCUGUGAUCCUUUAGCCGGAAAACUGUCAAAAUCUGUGGAUAAGUUCACACGAUAAGAAAAAGGAUGGCAUCUAGAGUGAAUACCAGCUUCACUUUGAUUCCCAACCAGAAAUAUAGACGUAGUAAUCGUCGGUCCAGCUGUGUUUCCAGCACCCUUUACUCCGAUUCUCAGCCCUUAUCAACGCUUGGAAAUUUUAAAGCCUUGCCAUUGGAAAUAUUCCAAAUAAUCUUAAGAUAUUUGUCAGUGAAGGACAUCAGCAUACUAAGCAUGGUGUCCAAAACUUUCAGCCAGCACAUUGUUAAUUAUAUCUCGACCGCAUCAGGAAGCAAAAGGCUUUUACUACAGGACUUUCACAACCCUGAGCUGCCUGGCGAGAGGCAAGACUCUGCUAUACUGGAACACUACAGAUCUCUAGGUUUACUAUUUAAAAGAUGUACACUGUUGCUACCCACAAAGGAAAGACUAAAGUACAUUCACAAGAUACUCGCUGAAGUUUCCUGUUUUAAAUUCAAUGGUUGUGCAGCUCCUAUGCAAUGUUUAGGAUUAUCGUGUUACGGCAUGUUUUUACAGAUCUUAACAGCAGGUUGGGAUGAACUGGAGUGCCAUCGUGUUUUUAACUUCUUGUGCGAGCUGACCAGCCUCUCCCGCAAGGUGCAGACCACUGUCUUCAGCAAACCAGGAAAUGCCCGAAAACUGGAGCUGAGGAUCAGACUGUUCUGUAGGAAUGUUCUGCUUGAUCAUUGGACACAAAGAAGUGAUUCUGCUUUUUGGCUGACGUGUAUAUUAAAGCCAUGGCCAAUGGUGAAUCAGGCAAGAUUGCUGUACAUCAUUUUUGGACCAAUAUCUCCUCAGGAUGGACAAGUGGUUUGGCAGAAAAUGAUAGAAGAACCUACAGAUGAAUCCAGUCUGAAAGGUUUGGCUGAUGCCAUUAACUUACUAUAUGACACAGGCAUCAAAGAGUGGACAGCAGAUGAUGUUAUCAGUCUUAUAGAUGAACUAUCAGUGGUUCCUCGGGAGUGGCUUCUGGAAAAUAACGCGCGUCUCCUAAUCCUGUGCGGGAACGACAUCUGUUUCACGUUCAUGGCUAGUAAAGCUGUGAACGGACGGGCCACUGAACUCGCAAGACUGAUAGUCUUUCUGGCUUUGGUGUGCGAGAAAGAACUAUACUGCAUGGACUGGACAGUAAAAAUAAUGCAAAGACUCUGUAAAGUCUUCAAUACUUCAGUGGAUAAACACAACUUCCUACAGAAUGUGGCAAAUGCAUUUGCAUGUAUUAUCAUGGAAAUGCUGCAGUCAGUCAUGUCUGGAGACCAUGAUGAAGAGGACAGAAACUUUUUGAAUUUGUUCCAUCUUGUGCACGCUCAGGCUAACUUCCAUAAGGAGGUCCUGUAUUUGACCGUGGAUUCUGCCUCUACCUAAAUACUCAGACAGCCUUGCAUUUAGAGACUACCUCACUGAACUAACAAUUAGAAGAAUGCUACUUCUCCACAAAGAAUAGUACCCAAGGGACUUUUUAUCACCUAAGUAAUUCUAAAGUUGCAUAGAAUUUUAGGUGGCAACUGCUUAGACCACUAAUAAUAUAAAAAUUACAGGCAAACUCAAGAAUAUAUUGAGAUUUCUCUGAAAAACAAGUUGUGCCUCUUCAGAUUUUGGUAAACCUAACAACAAAAUAAGUGGAACAUUAGUGUCUCAGAAUCUGGGGCCAGUCAACCUGCAUGUGUGGAUCGUUGAAACCAGAAAAUUUUGCUUUAUAAUUGAGCAGACCCAAGUUCAUUAAACAGUAUGUGUCUCUCCACUUUGCUUAGGUUGUGUAGACAUAGCCUAGAAUGUUUUGUAAAGGUUUGCAAAAUGAUAUUUUGAAAUGUGCAGAUAUAAAUCACAUUUUUUACCACCUUCUUGGCAUGUGGUUCAUACUCAUUUUGUAUGAACUAAGAUAAAAAACCAAAGGAAGUACACGUGUACGUGUAUAUCCAUAUUCAUGUGUAUGUAUGUAUGUACUUACACAUAUACAAAUAUAUCUUUCUUUCUUUAAGACAGAUCAUACAAAAACCUAUGAAUAGGGUAUAUAUUGUUUUAAUACAAAUCAUCUUUUAUUUCCUGGGGAUUAAAGUGUUGCAAAUAAGGGAAAAUAUAAGAUGAAAGAAAAAUACCUAUUCUGCGGCCAGAACAAUAUGCAUAAAUAAUUUGCACUUCUUUCGAAAGCCUUUCUCCCUAUCUUAAAGAAUAGAACUUGAAGGAAACUGCAAGCAUGGAUAUUAGAGCAGCCCGUGAAUGGGGUUUUUCUUCACUCAAGUGAAUGAAUUCCAAGAAGCUCCAGGACUAUUUCAGCCUGAGUAGGACCUGCCACCACCAGUUUACUAUGAAAGCAGGAAAUGAUCUGCCUAACUGGAGCUGAAAUGCUGCUGGAGCCCUCCUGGGUCUCUCAUUCUCUCCUCCUGGGUUUGACCAUUUUACUCCUGCUGAAGACGCACCCCUUCCCACUCAGCUUGUUGGCGGCUGGCUUUCUUUUCCUAAGCUCUUGAUUUAACUCACCUCAUGAGCUCAUAAAGGGAAGAAACAUUAGAAGGUAUAGAAAUUACCUGCAGAAGUAGGGUAUAAAUUGUGGGAAAUUCUCAAAUAUUUGGCAAGAGGGGCCCAGUAACAGAUUUAAUAGGAUUGAGGAAGAGUGAAAAUUGUGGAGAAAAUAUAAAAUGUGUGAUAAGAUUUUGCUGUAUUUCAGUAGCAUAAGCACUUAACUUUCUUUCAUGGAGGGUCAGAAAUUAACUGCCUUUCUUUGACGGAUUGUUCAGCUGUAACUCCAUCCGUGGCAGGAAUUGUUUCUCCAGAGUUUAUAGCAUUUGCAUAUUUAUGCAAAACACAGUUUUUGCUUUUAUCCUGUUUCAUUUUCUUCCUCUCAUUUUCAUUUUCUUCCUUCCAAUUCACAACUAAAUGAUGAAGAUUAAAAGUUGGCAGAUACCGGAGAACAAAACAACACCUUAAUUAGCUUUUUCUUUUCUCUCUCACCCUUUUUCUCACACAUUCUUUCAAAAACCUCAUCUAUUUAGAAAACACUGGUGAUUCCAAGUUGAGGAUGUAUUCCAUUAGAUUAUUUGUGGGGG